GGAAACACCAACAACAAGUUCGCCAUCGCGGGAACAAACAAUGACGAGAUCCAACUGGCGACUGUGUUUGACCUGACGACUGACCCAAUGACCUACCUGUUGGGGAUAAAGGUCACGGACGGAGGAACACCUGAGCUGACCGCCACGACUACGGUCAGGGUGGACGUCACCCUGGUCAACUCCAACUCUCCGGCGUUUUCUUCAUUCUUCUUCCCAAAUUUCUUCCCAACACCUGUGGCAGAAAACACCGCGGCAGGAACAGUCAUCACGACAGAAAUAGCGACAGACGCAGAUUACGGCUCGUACGGAACACUCACCUUCUCCUACACAGUGUCCCCUACCUCGGACCUGUUUGUGUACGACGGCACCACCGGACAGCUGACGCUGGCGAGGCCGCCUGACUUCGAGACGGACGACCCUCAGUACGAGAUCAUCGUCACUGUCGAGGACGGCGGAGGACUGACGACAACGGCAACAUUCACCGUGCCCAUUACACCUGAGAACGACAACACGCCGUACUUCGACAAUGGCCAGUACAUCGCACAGAUGUUCGAGAGCGACACAGCCGGCACCGAAAUCGUCACCAUGUUGACAGCUGACGCCGAUGGAGACAACACGACAACCACCAUCUUCACGGGUAACAGCCUCGGGAAGUUCCAGCUGAAGACCGGCACGGAUACCACAACCAGCCCCGUGGUGGAGCUGGCCACUACCAUCGACCUGAGCACGGACCCUUCGAGCUACACGCUGGUUCUGCAGGCGGUAGACAGAGAUACGGCCGGACUGACCGGAUCCACGACUAUCAACGUCAUCGUGACGGACACCAACACGGCGCCCACCAUAGCAGAUGCCACCUUUACGAUCAAUGAAGAUGCUGGAAUCGGAGACACCGUCGGCACCGUGCAGGCGACCGACCCUGACAGCGGCACGGACGGGGAGCUCACUUAUACAACAUCAGUGUCUCCUUCGGCCGGCGAUAGCCUGUUUGUGUACGACACAUCGUCCGGCGGAAUCGAAGUUAUCGGUGCGCUGGACUUCGAGACACUGACCCAGUACAUCAUGACCAUUAUUGUACAGGACGGCGCAUCGGCAUCGGCCACAGCUUCGGUGACUAUCAAUAUUGGGGAUGUAAACGAUGUCGCGCCAUCUUUUGACCAGACACUGUAUCAGGUGUCAAUCAACGAGGACGAGAAUGUGGGUACAAACGUGGUGACGUUCGUCAUGACCGACUCUGAGGGAACGGGUUCCAUCACAUUCGACUUCGUCAAGGGAAACGGGGCGGGAAAAUUCAGGCUCAACAGCAGCGCCGUGGAAAUCAACUCAGUCAUCAACAUAGACUCGCCGGACCUGGACGAUGUUCAUUACACACUGGUCGUUAAAGCCAUGGAUGGAGGGACGCCAGAGCUGACCAGUACGGCCACGGUGGAGGUGGAGAUCAACCCUGUCAACGAGAACCCGGACUUCAGUGCGCUGACCACUCCCUUCAUUAGCCAGGUUCAAGAGAGUGACGCGAUCGGUACAACCAUCGCUACACUGACGGCAGUGGACAACGACUACGGCACCCAGGGGGAACUCACAUAUUCAUUGGGCUACGUCACCGUCCCUACAACGCAAGUACUGACGCUGGAUCCCGAUACGGCCGUACUGAAAGUGGCCACCGCUCUGGACUACGAAACACAGGACAAAGUCUACCGGGUGACAGUGACUGCCACGGAUGGAGGAGGAGGGUCAGCGAUUUUCACAGCCACAGUCAGCAUCAUGGACGUGAACGACAACACUCCCGUCUUCAACCCGGCUACGUACACGGCCAGUAUUAAUGAGGCCACCGCCGCGGUUAGUAGAUCAUAUCAGAAUUACUGCACAAGCUUCCUCAAUAGGUGA